UCCUUCCCCCCAGCAAUACGACCACACCAAAACCCCCCCUCUUCCUUCCCCUCCCCUCCCCUCCCCUCCCUCCUCAAGAGCUCCAAAGGGGGGGACAUGAGGUCGUGGCACCAGUGACAUGCUCCUCCUCGUGCCGGCUGAGGCGUUGACAUGAGGGCUGGCUGGGGGUGGCCCUUGGAGAGUGACAUGAGGGCUGGACACACUCGAGGCACCUGAAGGGAGCGAGUGAGAGGAAGAGGAGAAGAAGAAGAAGAAGGGAGAAGGAGAGAAGAGGUUGAAUUUGACAAAGAGACUGCCGAAACGCGAAGGAAACGCGUCAAGAUGAAGAAGCUCUUCCAGAGGAUAGACCAAUCCAACAAGGACCAGUCGCACCAGAGUUUCGUCGGCAAGGUCUUUGUGGUCGGGAGGAACACGGUCACCGUCGAGGAUGUCAUUGCCGAGGGAGGCUUCGCUCUUGUCUUCCUAGUCAAAGGCAGCGGUGGAGUGCGGUAUGCGCUCAAGAGAAUGUAUGUUAAUAAUGAACAUGACUUAGAAGUGGCAAGAAAUGAGAUUAACAUUGCAAAAAUGCUUAAUGGUCCCCGCACAGUGGUUGGUUACGUGGACUCGGGCGUCACGCACACUGGGGGCGGCGUGUAUGAGGUCCUCCUACUUAUGACAUUUUGUCGCAAGCAUCUCCUGCAUCUUAUGAAUGACAGGCUCAACAGUGGCUUAACAGAGGCAGAAGUACUCAAGAUUUUCUGUGAUGUAUGUGACGCAGUUUCUAGACUCCACCACAUAAACCCUCCCAUUAUUCAUCGAGAUUUAAAGGUUGAAAACAUCCUGAUAAGCACCGAGGGCAGCUACGUCCUGUGCGACUUCGGCUCUGCAACCUCCCGCGUUCUGUGUGGGACGACCGACGGCAUUACCCGAGUGGAGGAGGAAAUCCAGAGAUACACCACGCUGGCCUACCGUGCCCCAGAGAUGAUCGACUUGUACCUAGGGAAACCGAUCACCACCAAGUCGGACAUUUGGGCACUAGGUUGUAUGUUGUAUAAACUGUGCUUCUUCACAUUGCCAUUUGGCGAGAGCCCCCUCGCCAUAUCUUCGGGAAACUUCUCCAUUCCAGACAAUGCAAAAUACUCCAAGACCUUACAAGCCCUCAUCCGCUACAUGCUAGACCCAGAUCCCGAGACACGUCCAGACAUCUACCAGGUAGCCAGCGUGACCUUCAUGCUGGCUGGGAGAGAAUGCCCUGUCAGAAAUGUCAAUAACGUCACCGUGCCGUCAUUAGACCAGCUUUGCCAGAUGGUUAGUGAGAGAGAACAGCAGUCUUCAGUGAAGGUCAGCCGUGCCCCCAUAGUGCCGGUGAUAGAGAGUACCUCGGUUGCUCCCCGGCAGCGGCCAAAGGCAUCGCAACAUCCUGGGUCUCUAGGGGGUCCUGUAGGGGCUCUCCCGCUCGGUCCUCCACUGCAAAACACGCAAGGUUUGAAAAGAAACAUAGGAGUGCCAUCCAGUGAUAGUGGUAAUGUCCAGCAGCAAUCACAACAACCAGGCCAGCAGCAGCAAACGCAGCAGCCACAGCAACAACAACAAACACAGAUAACACAACAACAGCAACAACAAGCACCACAACAGCAGCAGCCACAGCAGCAACACAGUCAAGCAUCGCAGCAGCAAACACAGUCCUUAGGGGAUGUGAGCCCCACCACAGCUUUUCCCCCUGCGGCAUUGUUUGGGUCUGAGACCUUCCCUCCCACCCACCAGUCAUUCCCCGCUAGUCAGUAUGGGCCUUCAACAGGAGGGACAGCUCCAGCAGGAACAGCCAGCAGUCAGCCCCCGAGCUUGAGCACUCAGCCUUGCUCUGGGUCUAUGGAGGCAUUUUUCCCACCUUCAGGUAAUCCAUCAUCAGUCUACUCAUCAACAUCCUUUUUCUCAACUCUCCCAUCCUCCUCCUCUCCCUCUUCUGCCUCUUCCUUUACCACUACUUCUUGUUCUUCCUCUUCUUUGCUGUACCCUAAGAAAGUGCAUGUGGAUGGCCAACAAGCUGGGUGCUUAAGGUGGAGGGACAUUCCUCAGAUUUCAGGCCAACCUCAGGCAAGUGCCUUACCCAGAGUUGACAAUACCUUGGGAAGUGCUGUUAUGGGUGCCAGAGCAGGGAGCAAAGACACCGUUCCUAACCCUGGAGACGACUUGCUUAGCUUUGUGGAUGUCACUUCAGGUUCUGGUGAGAGCAGUAGGUCUAACUCUGGAGCACUCAAUGCCCAGAUAAUGCAAAUGUAUGCAUCCCCCUCUCAACCCGGUGCUCAUUUUGGUGCGGGUGUGGCUGGCCGGCUGCGGCCCAGCACACCUUUUGUUCAGAACCCCAGGAUGUUGCCUCCCCAUCCUCAGCCAUACCAGGUUGGGAGAGGGAUAGGAAUGGCUUCCAAUACCUUUGCUAAUAAUAAUGCCUAUAACUUAAAUAACAACAACUGUUUCCCUGGUGGGUGGGCAGUGCAGAGAAUGUCACAACCGCAGCAGCAGAACACCUCUGCCGCCGCGAUGGUGCCACGAAUGACCAAUAACUUUUAUGUGAGUCACUUCCCAGCCAUGAACCCGAGGCAGCCGAAUAUGGUUUCCACACAUCAUCCAAACAAUAACUCCCACUUGGCAAAUGCUGAUACUCUAGAUCUUCUCCAGUUUUAUGUUAGAUUAACAGAGGGGAAGAAACUGCUUAAGCUCACAUAUUGUAGGGUGAAGUAUGGGCUGGAGGCAGAGCUGUUGAAGAAAGUGAAGAAAGGUUUGAAGCACAUGACAGAAAAUGACGGAGGAAAGUGGAAAGCUCUGAUGUUUAAGAGAAGAGACGUCACAGAUGAAGAGGAUAUAGCGUGUGAUCAAGCACCUUUGCCAGCUUAUAGUGAACUAGGGAAGAGUAGUGUUUUGCAAUACAAACCAUUCAGAAAGAAAAAUUUUAAGGAAUACCAGUUGAACAGUUUUCGACAUUGGGACUCAAGAGAAACAUAUCUAGAAGCAUUUGCUCUCACGGAGUAUAUUGUCUCAUUUUGCAUGCUGCCGAAAAAAUGGUUAACUCUUAAUACAAAUCUCCUUCAUGGCUUUAUCCUGGAUAUUGAAAUGUUACUAGCUGUACUUACGAAGUCUGACUUGCCAGGUUAUGUUGGAGUCUGGUGGUGCUGUCAACUGCUGAAAUGGAUCAAGCGUACACAAUAUAAGCAUAGAUCAGAAGUUCUGCAUUAUCUAUUUCUUAAUUUGACAAAUUCUGAUGAGCAAGCUUUUCUUCACAUAGUUAUCUUCAGUUUCCUCUUCAUGAUAUCCAGUAUUCUCAUGAAAAUCAAAGCUUUGUCGCUAGGAUCAUCGAGAAGGCGGAGCACUUCCGGUCGCUUGGCUAGGCGGCCUAUGCGCGUGGUCUUCCACGCUAUAAGUACGAAGCGAACCUCGGCUGACUUCACCAGCAACCUACCCUCGCAGGUACCAGCAGUCGAGCAUCCCAGGAGUGCAGCAGGAAUGUGUGUUUCUGCCUUAACACCCUAUACUAAAUUUGAUGAGAAUUAUGAGAAACGGCAUGAUAUUCAGGUUGCAAGAUUUUAUUACGUUGUGCCUGUUUUAUUGCCAGUUGUUGUUUGGUUUUCACUUAGGGAAAGGACCUUUGCCAGUGAGACGACGCAGUUCCUUGCCCCCUUUGAGACCUCGGUGAAGUCUGCGGAGAGAGAAGCAGGACCUGCUAGCACCCCCCAGACAGAGGAUGGUUCACAGGAAGGUCUAGUCAGCUCUGACGUGAAUUUGGCCGCGGCAGAAGUCCGAGCGUGGAACCCCUUCAAUGACAUGACGCCCUUCAGUCAGAUGUCGGAGGAUCACAUCUUUGGUGCUGAGUUUGACAAGAUUCGAAGGGGAUCUCAAAGCAGUAUAUCAAAUGUAAAGAGUAGAGAAAGUUUAGUAAUGUCCACAGAAGAUGACCCAUUUGGUGCAGCACCAUUUAGCAUCCCUGGUUCACGUCGGGGGAAAAGUGCGGGCAAAAGUGAGUAUGAAGGCCGGAUGAACAGCACCGAGGAAGUGGUUACCUCUCCUACUGAGCAGGCUUCUGGUGGAGAUUGCACGAUAGAGCUCCUGCAACUACACAGUGAGAGACGUCGCCGCUCCAGCGUGUCUUCGCAGUGCUCCCAAGAUUCGCAGGGAACGACCACGGAGCAGACAACUAUAGGAGUCUCCUCUUCAUACUUCACGAGACCUCCUCUGGAAGACAGAUCUAAGUAUGAGAAACUCCAGAAUGCACAUGACGAGGAGAGCGAGGAGGAGGCCGAGAGCCAGGUGUUCCAGCGCAGUCGAGAGGUCAAGCACUUGCAGCCGACCUCCCAUUCACGCGAGCAGGUGGAGGCUGGGCCGAGAAAGCAUCCCAGGCAGAGGAGCAGACGGGGCAAGCUCUCUGGGGUGCAGAAGGAGAACUCCCUUGAGGCCGGGCAGGAUGGCAAGCCAGAGGGGGUUUUCAUAUGCAGUGUGUCGGAUGACGAUUCCAUAGGCUCAGCGAGUGACCUUAAGGAUAGGAUUAAUGAUGAGUACGACUAUGACAAUUGUGAUAGAGGAGAUAUAUCGGAAACAAUUAGUUCCUCAGUGUACCAUGCAGAGUGUGAGAGCGUGACAACGCACGAAGACGAUAUUGCCAGGACAGGAGAGAGUGGCGACCCAUUACAGUUAGUGCGGCGUGGACCAAAGCCCAGCAAGGCAGCCAUGAGAGCUCAGGCAAAAGCUCUCCAGGAACAGGAGAACAGAAAGUGUGCACAGGAUAGGUUGUUAGGCCAUGAGUAUGGAGAGAAACCUCUCCUCUUAGAUGAUGAACUGGACUCUGGUGAUGAGGAAGGGAAGAUGUCUGACAACCAAGAGGAGCAGAAGUUAGAUCCACAGCCAGCGCCAUUGGUUGAGCAGCCAGCCACCAAGAGUAACUUGUUUCAUGUCCCAAGACCUUUUAGAAAGACCUCUAUGGAUGAUUCUUAUAAGCAUAAGGAACACACAGGAGAUGAAGAUGUGUUUGCACUUGCCCCGUUCAAAUCUUCACUGAAGAAACUCAACAAGAAAGUAUUCCAGAGUCGCAGCCAGCCUUCCAGCAAUACUGUGUCCCCUCUAGAAUCCACGAGCCAGCCCAUCAUAACCCCUCCCAUGGCCAACAGCUCCCCCGUCCCAACGCACUUAGGCAGCCCUGAGGUCCCGGACAAGGCUUCAGAACCUGUCAGAUUGCCUGUUCAAGCUGACAUCAUAUACGAAGAAUCUCCGAGUGAGGAGUAUCCCAUCUACGAAAACGUUGUGCUCAAUCCAAGUGGUGGUAGUGUAGAAAAUGGGCCGACCACCCCUAGAUAUCACCAUUACGAGAACAUUCCUGGACCCUUCCCUGUGCCCUUGGCCGAAGACAUCCCCACUGUGGCUAAUCCGAUUCCAACGAAAAACCCAUUUGUAAAUCCGUUCAUUGGUGACAGUCCAGUAAAUAUUGUUCCUUCAGCAACUCUAGAACCUCAUCAGCAUUUUUCUAACCAGUCUGUGAUAUCAGGAAGUACAGAGCAGAGUGAACCAAAUGUCCCUUUCAAAAAUUCGCAAUCAAAUCACGGUUUGAUGUCCCAAAGCCUGGAUUCCCUUGUUCCAAACACUGGUGCUGGAUCUGUUAGUUCUCCAUCCUUCCAAAGCACAGACCUCUUUGGAUCCACACCCUUCAGUGAUGUCACAAUUUCAAGUGCUACUCCCUCUGCUGAUGCCAAAGAAUUCUCAACUCUCAGCCAGACAGUCUUAAACGGUGUUCCAAGUUUUACAAAUUCCAGUCAGUCUGUGUAUUACACUCCAUCUACAGACAUUAGCACUCACAUUCCUGUUCAUACUUCCACUCCACGUUCUGUAAAGAUCCAGCCAGUUGCCCGACAGUCUAGAGUGAAUUCAGCCGACCUGGAUGAUGCUGACUUGUUUGGUGCUGUGCCUUUUAAGCCCAUAAUCGGUCACCACCAGCGUUCCAGUCAGGGAUCAGGUGGCAAAAGUCAGACUCUACCAGCUAACAUGAGCUCCACCUUCCAGGCCCAGAUGGCCCAGAUGGCAAGGGAUGACGGUCACAUUGAUAAAUUCUUUGGCGACUUCAAGGUCCCCAAGUCCCUGAGGAAGUCUACACCGCCCAGUUUCCGAAAGCCAAGAGCAACACAUCAGAAAUUCUCUGAUUCUGACACCUCAAGUGAUGAAGGAGGCCUCAUGAGUAGCCGUAAGCCCAGGCACAGAGACAGGAGCAAAGACAGAAUGAAAUACAAGAACAUCAGUGAAGAAUUUGAAGAGGAAAAUGUAAUGGUUCUUCCCAUGAAGCAGUUUGGCCACUCAAAGAAGGAGAAAAUCAGCAAAAAGAGCAAAAAGCUUGAGAAGCAGGAGAAAAAGGUGGAAAAGACAGAAAAGAAGCCUGAGAAGAACAUAAGUUUUGAAUCAGCAGGCAUUUCCAACAUGAGUUUUGAGGACUUCACCCUGGAGGAGAGCAGACGAGAGGCUGAUAAAACCAAGCGGGAGGUAGAGAGGAACCGCCAAGAGGUUGAGAAGGCAGAGGACUCCCUCCAAAGUCCUGAAGAGGACGACUCAGACUUAAGAAUGACAGGAGGCACAAGAUUUGGCUCCUUGAAGAGAGGCAUUAACCCAUUUUCUAAGUUGGGUCGCUGAUGGAUUCCAUGUUUUUAUAGAUUUUUAUAUAAGCUGACAGAUCUGCUGGAUUCAGAGACCAGAACAUUCCUUGACUUUCAAUAUAGUGCAUUGUAAACAAAGAUUCAUACAUAGAUUAAAAGAAUUACAGUAUAGGGUAACAGUAAAUUUUAAGGUCCAGCUAUAUCUGCUUGAGUAUAUACAUUAUAAGAGGUAUAGAAUGGAGUACCUUUACAAGUGAAAGGAGCUCAUUUCUCUCCUCAUUUAUAUGGGGUUAUAGCUUGUAUAUUUUAGAAGGAGUACAAUGUUCCUACAUAAUCUGGAAAUGUAGCAAAUUAUUUGUAAUACUGUAAAUUACCACAAUGUUACAUAUCUGAAUUUAGAUCUGUUACUCAGUAAUAGCAAAUAUGAUAAAUAAGGGCAAGACUAAGAUUUUUUCCUACAAUUAUCAAACUGUACUGUUUACCAGCAGCCAUAAUACCACAAAGAAGCACUUUAUUGCUUUAUAAAAGUAAAAAAGAAAAAAAAAAUAGCAAGGUCCGAACACAGCAAAGUGGGUAGCAUUCAGUCUCUGUCAGCAUUGGUAGCUAGUCAUCUAUAGGCUGGGAAUCAAUAGCAUAAUGAUUGGUUCUCCAAAUUCCUUGCUGUCACUAAUAAUAGCUAGCUGUGAUUAGGUGUUGAUGUGCUACAAGUGACUGUCUCAGAAAGUAGUGCAGUGAAGUUGGGCCGUUAAAUAGCCCAGUAAAGAGCUUCUUCCAUAUAUUCAUUUAGAAGUACAGUAUUUCAACCUUUGUGAUGUUUUUUUUUUUUUUGAAAAAAGCGAACUUUUAGUAGAUGCUGGUGCUUGGAAGGUGAGAGAGAGCUAUUUGGGUUAAAAGCUUUCAACUAGUUUAGUCUUACACAGAGUAUAGCAAACAGUGGGAUCUAUAAUGAGUAUUAUUUAGAUUUUUUUUCCCCAGUAUAUUCUAUUUGGUAAAGAUUACUACCCAGUUUGAUUCCAUUAGUACACACCUCUAUUUUCACUCCCACAUUAUUAAGUAGUCAUUGGAAAGAGUUGUAGUCUGUAAGGGAGAAAAUGGAUUUAAUAAGAUUUAAUGGAAAGAAUAUCUAAUGCUUUGUAUUAAAAAAUAAAACAAAAGAAAAAAAAAAUAUUGCAACCAGGCUCUUACCAGAUGAAUUAGUUUAAGAUAUGUUGUAUUAUCACAUAAUGGCCUUUAGUGAAUUUAACCUGGAAUGUGGUUCCCAGUAGACGUGUAUAUAUGAAGUGGAAGCUCUUAGGAGAAAGCAGUCAUGAUUUCUCUCUUUCUUUCUCUCUUUCUUACUCUCUUUCUUUCUCUCUAUCUUUCUUUCUUUCUCUCUUUCUUUCUUUCUCUCUCUCUCUCUCUCUCUUU